AUGUCGCCCAACCCUUCCUCACCUCCGGUCAAAGUACCGCCUUCAGCGGCAGAUUACUCCCCUGCCACCCUCGACCCGGACCUACGAUCUCAGAUCAACGCCGUCUUAUUAAAGGAAGGCCACGUCCAAAGGAUCCAAGAACGUCUCCUCCACGCCCUCCACGCAAACAAAGCCAACUGGCCAACCCACGUCCAGUCGCACGCUCUCGACAUGCUCCGCUCCGGCGACGUCACCACGUUCCCCACCCUCCUCCGCCGCGUCCUCGAAGACGUCCGCCACGACACCCUCACCCGGCCCCAGGCUGCCCCGGACGCACACAAGGCUAACGGCACGAAGACUAACGGCGUCUCCGGCAGCCCUGCCGCGUCCUCGCCCGCCCCCUUAACAUCUACCUCCGCACCCUCUGCCUCCUCCUUCGCAGUCGCUGCCGACGGGAAACCGACGCUCGCGCUCCCCACCGCCGUGGUCGAGGAGAUGCUCAAGGUUGUUCGCGAGAGUCUGGAGGAAAUCUGCGAGGUCGGCGAAGACGGCAGGGUCUAG